CGGCGCGCGGCGCUGACGUCGGGAGGCGGGGCCGGGCCGGGGCCGAGCGGCCCGAGGCUGAAUGUAGAGCCUGAACUUCUUCCUGAUGUCCCUCUAAAACACCUCUUUCCCCCCACGUAAUGCUCCUGAUGGAAGACCAUCUAGGGUCCCUGUUCUGCUGUUCGUGCUGAAUGGUUGCGUGGAGAGGUGGUAGAUGAGUGAAGAUACGCUUGGUGGUGGUAAGGUGGGCCAUUACAUCUCAAGGCAAAGAGCUUUCCUGUAGUCUUCUGCAAGUGCUGAGGCACCAUGUCGAUGGGCUCCGAGCCAAAGAGGAGAAACUUAAAACUGUUCAGCUAAUUGCCAGAAUGCACGCAGGCAGUUUCUCCACCUCCAGAUUGUUUUAAUCAGGACCUAAAGUAAAGACUUGCUGAAGCACAGCUGAUUUGGCUCUGUUGGAAUACAGUGUGGCGAGCAAGACCUCUGUUUGCUCCAAUCUGGAACAGCUGGUAGCAAUUCCACUUCCUUAUUGCAGCUAGACGCAGCUCUGUAGGGAAGAACAGAAGUGCAGCUUGGUCUCUGAACAUGCGAAAAAAGCAAAACUGAGUCAGGAUGCUUCUUAAUGUCAGAGCCCAACUUGAUUUCUUAGGGCUUGGAGAAUGAAGCUAAAAGCUUGCUCUGGUUAAACAAGAUCUGUUUUUUUUUUUCCUUUUUUUCCAAGGGGUGCAGUAAAUUAAUUGGUAAAUUGCAUCUUAAAAGCAGCCUGCCUCUGUCUCCAUAUUCCUUGCCUUCUGCACAGUUUCAUUGAUCCCUAAGAGCUAAGUAGUGAGAGAUUAAAAGCACCAGUACGAGUUACAAUAUAAAGAAAAUGUUAGGAGGGUUCGUUGAAUGAACAAGCUGCUGAGAUAGUUUGUGGAGUUUCUAAUUAGAACUUUCAGAACUAAAAGAUUUGGAACGUUGGGUGUCUUACAAAGUUUAUCAGAUUGAACAAAGCUAAAGAAAACACUUAGCUCUUUCCUUGAGCUUUGUUCAGCAGCCGGGGUUGGAUGAGGUGACCUGCAGAGGUCCCUUCCAAUCUCAGCUGUUCUGUGAUUCAGUGCUCAGCUGGGAGGCAGCUUUAGACAAACUGUGCUUAAUGAAAAGGGGAGCUAUAGAAUAUCCAUGGACAUCUGUUCUGACCAGGACUGUUUUUUUUAUAGGCACUAUCUUGUGAUGAAAGUGGCAAAGCAUUGUGCGUGCUCUGUAGUGAAGUACGGUGAAAAUCCCCAACUUUUAGUUUGUGGUAGCAUGGCUCUGUUGAGACAUGAACCGCUGGCAUUUUUUCUCAUUUGAAACUUGACUGCCUUGAUUCCCGUUCAUCUGUUCUUUUUUCUUGUCCUUUUUGUAAGGUUCAGAUGUGGGAGUUGCUGCAGAUGUGGUUGCUGCUGAUGCUGCCCUGGGAAAAUGCCUUGACAGGGAAUUAACACCCUUCAGUGAUGGGCUGUGGGACAAGCAAGGUUCUUCCCGAGCCCCCCAAAGAUGUGCAGCUAGAUCUGGUUAAAAAAGUAGAACCUUACACAGGCCACAAUGACAUAUACAAGCAUUUCAUCAAAGAUGACUGUGGGACUGUCAUCAAAGCUGGCUCUCCCUCGCCUCCGCGUCACGCUAACCCAUAUCCCGGUAACCACCUGCCUACCCACGUGGACCAGCCUGAACCCCGCAAGAACAAAGUGGCUAAGUACCGUGCCAAAUUUGACCCCAGAGUGACGGCCAAGUACGACAUUAAAGCCCUGAUUGGAAGAGGAAGCUUUAGCCGCGUUGUACGGGUGGAACACAAGGCUACCAAGCAGCCCUAUGCGAUCAAGAUGAUAGAGACCAAAUACCGGGAGGGGAGGGAAGUGUGCGAGUCGGAGCUUAGUGUACUACGGCGGGUUCGGCACACCAACAUAAUCCAGCUUAUAGAGGUGUUUGAGACCCAGGACCGUGUAUACAUGGUGAUGGAACUGGCAACUGGAGGAGAACUGUUUGAUCGAAUCAUUGCGAAAGGCUCCUUCACGGAGAGAGAUGCUACGCGUGUGCUGCAGAUGGUAUUAGAUGGUGUGAGGUACCUGCAUACGCUGGGUAUCACGCACCGGGACUUAAAGCCCGAGAAUCUGCUCUACUACCAUCCUGGGACGGAUUCAAAAAUCAUGAUUACGGACUUUGGACUGGCAAGUGCUCGGAAGAAGGGCGAUGACUGCCUGAUGAAAACCACCUGUGGGACCCCAGAGUACAUUGCUCCUGAGAUCCUGGUCAGGAAGCCGUACACUAACUCUGUGGAUAUGUGGGCACUGGGUGUGAUCUCGUACAUCCUCCUGAGCGGCACCAUGCCCUUUGAAGAUGACAACCGUACCCGCUUAUACCGGCAGAUCCUGAAAGGAAAAUACAGUUACUCGGGCGAGCCCUGGCCCAGCGUGUCCAACCUGGCCAAGGAUUUCAUUGAUCGCCUGCUCACGGUGGACCCCAGUGACAGGAUGACAGCCCUUCAGGCCCUGAAGCACCCCUGGGUGGUCAGCAUGGCAGCCUCUUCCUCCAUGAAGAACCUGCACCGUUCCAUCUCCCAAAACCUUCUCAAGAGGGCAUCGUCCCGCUGCCAGAGCACCAAGUCCGCGCAGUCCACGCGCUCCAGCCGCUCCACCAAGUCCAACAAGUCGCGGCGGGUUCGGGAACGGGAGCUGCGAGAGCUCAACCUGCGCUACCAGCAGCAAUACACCGGCUGAGCACUGGGCUGGGACCUGCCAGAAGUCUCUCCAGAAGUCUUCCCUGCAGUGUAGGUGUGCAGCACCCUUUGCUGCACACGCACUUGGUGAGGAACGUCCAGGUUCCUCCCUCCCCUCCUUCAGGUGUCCCCCUGUGUGGAGGAAAAGGAACCUUGUGGUGGCCAUCGCACCCUGCGGGCACUCCUGGGCGAGCAGUGCCACAGGGUCUCAUGCAGGAAAUGGAGCAGCUCUUGUGGGCUUGGAGCUCAGAGCCUCGAGGAACAGUCAAAUUAAGGAGCUGCAAAGGAGGAGAAGAGCUCUUUCUGUAGCCCAGGAGCUUGGUUGUUCAUAGUUAUUUAUUGAUUCCAGAGCGUUCAGUUUCUCUCACUUGCAUAUGAAAAAAAAAUCACUUUAAGUGCACACCUGUGUGCACAUACACGUGUAUAUAUUUAAAAUGUUAUAUAUACACCUAGUCUGAGCUGGUUUAGUCAGACUCUGUGGUGCCUUUUCAGUCAAGCUGGCAUGAGUCACAUGCGGCUAGAACCAGGCUGGCUCUGACUCACAGCGUGCUGCCCACCAGCUCCCCGUCCCGAUGCAGCGCCGAGGAGAUGCCAGACAGCAGCAGCUUUCCGUGACGGCGGUGGAGCUGUGAGGCUUCCCCAAGGGGCUGUCGGUGGCGUGGUGACGCGGAGGGUUUGCUCACGCCACGCGGAGCUGCUGUGCAAAUCGGCAACCAGACUGAAGUGCUGCGACCUCGGGGCUGGAGUCCGGCUCCAGUUAUCCUGACUGCAUGGGUGCUCCUGAUCGAGGGGCAGGGAGAGGAGGAUCGUCCUGCAGGAACUUUGUGGUCCACAGAGCGAUGUCCUUGGCGAGGCAGCUUCUUGGGGGGCUCCUUGCUGUCUGCCUUGAAUCAUCCUCCAGCAGUUCUGUUAGGGGCACAGGGCUUCUGAGUUGGUAUAAAGCCGCUGUAAGGAGCGGUAUAGAGGGGAGGCGAAAGGACUCUGCGCUGCUGGGGCAGAUGUUUUGGGUGUCCUUGGAGAGACAAAUGCAAGAGCAAGUGCAGUGGUACUGGUAGGGGUUUCCCUACUUUCAGCAGGACUGGUGCCCACCACGUGCGGUUUAUUCUUGUUGCUGUGACUUGGCCCUCUCACUGUUACCAACCACGUCACUUCAGCACACCAAAGCUUUGGUUCCCUGUCCCCAGAUGUUGCCAUCACUUCACUGGGACAGUGAAAUGGUGUUGGGAGCUGGCGAGGUGGCCACAAAUGCCUCUGUAGGAUCAAGGUAGGGACUUGACUAGGAAAAGCCCAGUCCUGGAGUGACAGCAGCAAGAGACACCGCAGAAAAGCCGUGGAGCCGUUAGGUGUAACUUAAAUCCACCAGGGAAAAGCUGCCCUUUGGCUUUUCCUCUGCUGGAUGGGUGAUGGGGGGACCUCUUGUGAAGGACCUCUCAGGGGAAGGUGGGUGCUGCAGGGCUGAGCUUCGUGCAAGCCUGCUGAGAUGUUUUCCCUCCUAGUCAGUGCAGCAGAACAAGGCACAUUUGGGGUAGGUUUGGUCUCUUGCGAUAGCAGAGGCCAGGUCUGAGUGAAGGCAAAUGCUGGUUUUUGAAGCUUUUCUUACGAAGCCCUGCAGUUUUACUGUGCAUCUAGUAGGUGCUUAGCUGGGUGAUUCAGUCUGUCCAGGCUCUAGAGCAUGGCUUUCCCUCGUAGGACUGACGUCUGUGCCACCGUGUUGUAGUGUCAGCAAGGCUGUAAAAGUUCCGUCGCAUCUGCAAGGAGCUCUCACCCUGCUGGCCGUAGCCCUGCUGGUCAGCAAGCAGCAAAGCAGCACGGCUUCAGUGGAAAAAGCGUGAGUUUUCCGCACUGGGGCAAAAAAAGGGAAUUUAGGGGUGUGCUUUCCACCCCAAAGCUAGGAGGGGCCGUAACCACUUUGAACACAGCUUGCUGUUCCUAAGCUUGUGAUGAGAAAUAUGAUGGAGGAAACCCAAGGACAGCGGUCGUGCAUGCACUUGCAGCAGGGGUGAAUUCUAAAUCCUUUGCGUGGGUUUGCAUGUUAUUGAAAGCUCUGGGCCCCUUGCAGGCUGCCCUUUCCUGAGUGGCCAUCCUACCGCAUCACAUGCAGUCUUUCUCCCAUCAACAUUAACUGGUAUUGCAGAAUUACUAGUUGUUUUUCUUCAGCUCUGUGACCUACAGAAAAAAAAAAAAAAAGGUUUCUUCAGAUCCUUCUACCUUUUGCUGUAGUUUUUCCUGUUUCAAUAUAAGGAACUAUAAAUCAGACACGAUUUCUGACAAAACAGGCAGCUUGCCACGUUCUGCUUCAUUAACGGUUCAGUGCCCCUCAGGUUACUGCAAACAGCUCUUCAAAAGCAGCAAGUACUCUAAGGCAGAUAUUAACUGGAAAUUGUUCGUACCCUGUGUGUUAAGAGAUGGCCAGAUGCUCUCUGAGGGUUUCUGGUUUUGAGCCAUUACGUGUAACAGUCUUCUGCAUGCUUUGAGCAUCACACACGAUCUCUAUGAUCUUUGUCCUCUUAGGUGCUUUCAUGGCCCUCCCCAGAUCAUCUUGCGUGUUUAUCCUUAAAAUAGGUAUUUUGCCUAUGCAGGGAAGUCAAACUGAUGGACUGAGCCAAGACCUGGAGUCUGAGACCCUUUCCUUUAACCACUAGACCAUCAAAAUGCCCAGAUGUGUGGAUUUGAAGGUGAAGAGGAGGUCAGGAUGUUGAGCUCUGAUCUGACCAAGCUUGCUUCUCCUCCUUCACAAAGCAGAACAACAAUCUUCCCAUCUAUGGCAACUUUUGCUUUAUUUCCCUUUUCAGCAAUUGAUCUUUCACCAGGAAGAGUUCGGAGUGAUGUUAGUUGUGAGUUUGUGCUAUGACCUGGCAGAAGUGGGGAUCCUUCGCGUGCGUGAGCAGUGCUGGGUGGCUGCAGCCCACCUCUUUGUGGCAUGGAGGUGCAUGUGGUCCUCAGGCGUUGCUGUUAGGGAAUUGCACCAAACAGGACUGAGUCUGUUCCCUCCAGGGCUUUGGCUUCUCUACAGACAGAGCUUCAUAUCUCUUUACUAAUGCAAUGUUUUCUCUUGCAUGGAAAAAUCAAUGUAAAUAUGGGGAAAAUCUUCAUGGGCUUUCCUUUCAUCAUUUGAUUGUAACACUUCUGCUUCAAUCCCUCUUCCUUUUCUAAAUUAGGUGUUUGUAGGGGCUCUUAGAUGCAGACAAUAGUGUGUGUGGGCAGUGGGGGGACUAGCUGAACUCCAUCCGAGCAUGCCUUGGUGUGCUCAGUGAUCUUUGUGUUUUUGCUUUGUCUGGAAGACUGUGAUGGUCCAAACGCUGCAUUGCAAGGUCCAGCUCAAGAACAAUUCCUCGGUGCUUUUACCCUUGCAAUUGUGGCGCAUUUUUCAACUGGGUCUGAUGGCGGGGGGGACGGGCUACGUGCUGUAAUUCUGAGCACUUGGUUCAGGUGCCUUCAACCUGUGCUCUAAGAAGCUCUUCACUGUGAAUUUUCUUGAUCAUAUGUCUUCGUGUAUAUUCUGCAGGGGUGUCUCAGCUCUUGGUUUAUCUUACAUCUCAGGAGUUUACGCUUUUCAGAAGUGCCUUGCUUGAGGAUGGUAGAAGUUAAAUCUGAUGUUUUGUUUUUCUUCUCUUAUGUUUAUUUUUUGUUUCCUUCUUUCGCUCUUAAUGGUGGUUCUUGAUUUGGCUCGUGGUGUUUUGAAUUAGCCAGGAAAAUGCAGGUAACAAAUACGUGUCCCAGGCUGUUGCUGAGUUUCAAUGGAAGAACCGUUAGCUGGGUGCAGAUCUCAGCAGAGAGCGCUUGUGUUUCCUGUACUCUGUUAAACAGAAUGAAACGAAGCUGGAAUGACACCUAGUGGCAAACUGCAGCGUGUCCUUGUCCAGAUCCUUCCAGUUGCAUUCCUGUUCUGGGGAAGAUGCCGGGGUUUGGUGUGCUGAUCACGCCUGCAGCCUGAGGCGUUGAGCCGCCCUCUCGGCGUGGCACUGCUCGCUCCUGUGCCCGUGCUGCAGAACAGCCUCGUAGCCCACACGGGUGUGAGCUUUGAGUUAGUGGGCACCUGCCUGAAGGGUGCUCGCUGCCGGGUAAAAUGAUGUGCAAUCACCCCCGGCGUCUCAAAGAGAUGUUCGCAAGCACCCUGCCUUGGGGGUACUAGGAGAAAGCAAAGGCUAAUGAUGCUGGGGCUAGAAGCAGUGGGUCUGGGACUUUCUUGGGUCAUGAGACACGAUGAGAAGCUCAGGGUGUUGCGUCCCAGUGUAUUUUCUUUCAGGGAAAAGCAGUUUUAAGGAGUAAAGGGGUUUCUGUAUGUUUGUCUUUUGGAACUCAGCACUGCUGUGUAAAGAAAUCCCACCACUUUGUCCUGGGAGUUUGCCUGCUCUCCUGGGGGCAACAGUUAGCGCUUCAAAGAAUGCUACCUGUUGGUUCCUCAAUAUUUUGAAGGGCUAUUGAAAAUGAAUGGGAAAAGGUCUUCCAGAAACAGUGUUAGGUAGUCUACGGACUGUUAAGCUUUGCAUCCAGAUUUGAGUACAUAAUGUAUUUUUCUACAUGUUUUGCUAAGAAGCAAUUACUUGUCCAGGUGUGAUUUACUUCUCACCCUUCUCAGGCUUCUAAAAACUAACACACGAGCCUAGUGGCAGUAGAAACCCUCACUCCUUCAAUCCAGCAGCAGUCUGUGCCAUUUAAUAUUGGGAUUACAAUACCAUCCAGAUGCUUCUGCCAGUUCCUGGAUUCUGUUCUUGGAAAUGUACAAAUGUAUGUGAAGGACAGCCUUACAGCCUCGUGGUGGGUGUAAGCCCAGACAAAAGGGCUCUGACCUGCUGGCCUGUGUAGUGAUGUGGAAGCCGGCUGCAGUACAGGGCCUGCAUUACACACUUGUUCUGGAAACGAGAAACCUCAGACUCUUAUCUUCAUUGCAAUUUGGAUAUUUUCUUCCUUUAGUUCUUGUUCUGCUCUGGUAAUUUACAUUUUCUUAUACCCUGCUCUAUUUCUCAGUCCUGUUUUCUAGCAGAACCAUAGUGUCUGCCUGAGAUGUCAAUACACUCAGCUCAUGCCAUGCAUGGACAUGAAUUGUGGUUAACUCCACUAUGGGGCCGUGGCUCUGGAUUUUGCUCUGCAUUAGCCACAGUGAGCCCUGAAGCGAUGUAACAGCAGACACACGGUGCCUUGGGGGUGGGAGAACGCUCCCUGUGAGGACCCUGUUGCUCAGGGUUGGCGCUGCCCUUCACCUCGGGUUAGAUUAUGCCGAUUGUUUUCCAGGCUGCCUGUUGCCAUCCUGCUGCAGGCUCACGGUGGGCAUCGAGGUGCUGUUCUCCGGGGCGCCCCCUUCCCUCUGCCCACUGCUUUUCUGGAGCCCUCUGCAGUGGCUGAUGCAGCGCCUGGGCUCUCGGUGCCUGCUCUCAUCCCUCGCUCUUCCAGAGGGGCACCCUGUACCCAGCCCCGGGUCCCUGCACCGCUCUCGGGAGGUUUUUGGUGCUUUUUCUGACCACUCGGUCUCGUCUUCCAGCCUGGAUUAGAAAUGCAGCUCUCAGGUGCUCCAGAGGCAGGUGUGUGCGUGUCGGGUGUGCGUUACUGAGCGGUGAAUUUGCCAAAAAAAUGUGAAGCAGCAGGGAUGCCCCGUGGUAGCGGCAUCACGGAGCUUGGAGCCUUCCACCCUUGGCACCUCUUUGGUGGAGAGGGCUGCUGUCUGCCCGGUGAUGUGGUUUUCUUCUCCUGCUGUCCUCCCCUGCGGUAAUACUGUAGAUCCCUUGUGUGUGACAGAUGUGCUCCUCGCUGCUGUCACAACUACGUUGCACUGUGUUUCUGUUGAAUGUGGAACAAACCCUGGCCCAAACUAGAAACGAGCACCUACCGCGAGCGCACGCAGAUGCUGUGAGUUUUCUUGUUGCCUUUUGCUAUGGAAAGACACCUCCCGGGAAGCCCUCUGGCCCAGAGGCCUUCCGGUGCUUGCUGUUAUUUUUGGUUGCCGAAUUUCCUGUGCUGGGUUGGAACCGCUCGGAAGCACGGCGGUCAUGUCCUGUUAGUCCCCGGCGGGGCCGUUUGCCUCGAGAAGCAUCCAGUUCUGUGACUUGCCUCUGUGUCCUGCCCCCACGCUGAGUACUGUCGCGUAGAGUGAAGUCUGAACCAUUGUAAUUAGUCUGUAACAUUAUGAUUAGAGUGUACAGAAUUAUUUAUUUUGUGUACUCUGUUAAACACGUAAAUGUAUUCUGUGUA